AUGCACCUCCUCACCACCCUCCUCCUCCUAUCCACCACCGCCCCCCUCCUAACAACCGCCUACUCCAUCCCUCCCAACCUCUCCGCGCUCUACAACAAACACAAGUCCAAACCCUGCACCCACCCCCUCGCAACCGGCUUCCACGACGGCCAAAACCCCACCGACAGCACCUUCACCUACUGCAGCGACCUCUCCAACCGAUCGAUAUUCCUGCACAGCCCGACGCUAGGCGGCCGAUACGACAACAUGGACAUCGACUGCGACGGGGCGAACUCACACGGGGGUAACUGCGGCUACGACGAAUCAAUCCAAGACCAAACGAGCUUCAAAGACAUUGUUUCCUCCCAAUACGGCAUUCCUGAUCUCGACGCUAAUAUACACCCUUAUGUCGUCUUCGGGAAUACCGAUUAUGAUCCCCAGCGUGAUGGGAUGUGGCCGUUGAGUGUUAUGGUUGUUGUUUGUGGGGAGCAACUUUUCUAUGGCAUCUGGGGAGAUACGGCGGGUGGGAGCUGGACUGGGGAGGCGUCGAUUGCGUUGGCGAAGUUGUGUUUCCCUGGUGAUGAGAUUAGUGGGAAUAAUGGGCAUGUGAGUGAUGAUGUCCUGUAUAUUGGGUUUGUUGGGGGGGAGGCGGUUCCUGGGAAUAGGGCGGAUUGGAAGGCGGGGAGUACGUGGGAGUUUGAGGAGAGUAUUCGUUGGCUUGGGGAGAGGUUGGUUGCGACGCUUACUUAG